AUAACUUUUUACUUCGGGACGUCUUAUUUAGCCGAGCGCGUAAUCUACUUUCCGUCACUCUUCCUCUUGCCUUCGUACCGAUAACACGUCCCUAGUAAAUUCCCGUCAAAGUAAAGUUACAAUUAAUUUAUCAUUUUCUUUGUCUUAAGUAAUCAGUGUUUUGAAAUACAACAAUUGUUUUAAAACUUUUUAAUAUUUUUGUGAAAGUUUCUAUUAAUUUGUAAUUGGUGAAAAAUUUUAUUCAAUUGAUUUCAUCUAAAAAAAAGUUAUUUAAUAGCCGCGUAAAAAUAAAAUAAAAUAUACAGUUUCGGUUUACUUUUAACUUUUCAUAGAUAUUCUCUACUUUUAAAAAAUUUAAUUAAUAAAAUUCAAUAUGUUCUUGUUUGGAGUGGUUGUUGUGAUCAUUUUGAAAAUAAUGGUAUUAUUGAUCCUCUCGCUCGAAGAACUAAUAAAAGAAAAUUCCUUACAACCGAAGCAAUCCGGAACCAAAAAAUAAUGUAAAUUAUGUUAUAAAAAAUAUCAAGAACCAGGCGCUCGCUUCAUAAAGAUAUUAUAAUUUUCCUACACCAUCCACUUUUAAUUCGCCACAAUGACCGAGCGAGAAAGAUCUGGUUCACCUGACAGUGAUAUACAAGCAGCCGGUUCAGACUCGGAAGGAAAUGAAUCUCUGUAUGACUAUUCCCCACCGAUGAGUCCAUGUUGCAUUACAUUAAUAAUGAACGCAUUAAAAUCUAAAAGAUCCGUUACAAAUAAUAGAGAGACAGAUGAAGGCGGUAAUAAUCCGUCAACAAGCCACAUCACUGAAAAUAUACCUUUAAGAGUACCAAAUUCUUUACCUGUUCAUAAUCCAUCGACAAAAAGAUCUACACCCGACAGACGCGACGCCAGUACUAAUUACGAUAGCGACUCUAUAGCUCAUAAAACAACUCGACAGAAUCAGAGCACAUUUGCAAAUUUUUGGAGACGGUGCAUAUUAAUCAACUUAUGCUGUUUUUCAACAUCGACGUCAUCAACAGAAAGUCCGCAACCGUCGAACGAAAGACGCAGAAGUUCUCGAAAAUACUAUGUCUGUCCUUGUCGCUGUAAUUGUACAGUCGCAUCGAUAACAUGUAUAAAUAACGAAAACAACACAUCCUUCCGAGAGAGGAACCUCGAUAUUAGCUGGCACCAAUACUCUGACGGAAGGAGGCAAUUGACAAGCGUGUAUUCGAGAUCACAAGCAAUAAUGCCACCAAGAACGGCGCGAUUUUGUUUGCAACUCUCCAAUUACCCAACAUUCAAGACAUCAUUCUUCACCCAGGCCUGGUUACUGCAUUAUGUCAUUCGGUUUCCAGGCUUCCUGGGCCUCCACCCUGCUACAUACAGGGAUGAUGCAGUGAUCGUUGAAUACAGCACCGACGAACAGGUUAGAAAUGCACUUUUAGGCCUGGACGGCUUGCGUAUUUCCUCAAACCGUGUACUCCGCGCUUCCUACAUACAUAUAAGUGAAGACUACGAAUGAUUAAUCUAAAAUGUUUUAUUUUCAAUUCUUCCUUGUUUUGAUAUUUUGUCUUCACUUGAUCACUUUAAUUUUAUCAGUAUUUAUUUUUAUUGUUCUUAUUAAUUGCACUUAUAAAAAUAUUGGAGAGUUGCUAUCGACUGUUAAUCGUAUCGCAAUGUCACCACUAUAUUUACCGCCACUCGUAGUAAUACCAGUGGCAUAACAAAAAAUAAAUUACUAGUUUUUAUCCGUAACCUCGUAUGUCUAAAUUUCAGAUAUAUAUAAUCAUUUAUCAGGAUAAAACAUAGACCAGAUAGUUAGACCUUCAGGAAUACUUCUGUUAAAUCCUAUUCAAUUUGGUUUAGCAGUUUCUGCGCGAUGCGCGAACAAACAUAGAGCGAGACAAAAUAGCUACAAAAAUAUUAUUAUAUUGUUUCUUUUAAGGUCAUUCAUAUAUUUUUUUUCUUCUAAAUAUGCAGACAUCACCUAGUUAAAAUUUUAUUAUAUUAUUAAAAUUAUGGUAUAAUUGAAAGUUUAGCGAUCCUCUUUUCUAUAGGCGACGUUUACCACUUUCCAUCAGAUGAGUCGUCAGCUUGUUAGCCAUUAUAUUAUAUGUCAUAAAAAAAGAUGAUAAACAACUUUCCUUAAUUGGCCCAUUAUAUCCACCAUAUCUAUCUAACACAGGUCUUUGAGACCAACUCUCUGUCUACCCCAUAAGGGACUCACCGUGAAGAUAAACAGGCAGAUGCUUUACUCGUAUGAGGUAGAUGAAGUUAAUAUAAUUGCGAACUAUUAAAUUGUAGGUACUUACCUCAUCCAUAGCUUGUGGAGUUCCAAUGUUAAAGCGUCUUUCAACCGUUUCUACCAUCCACAGUCGCUGGCCAAGACAUAUCAGUUUUUGAGAAAUCGGUCAAUCAUCACAUCACCAUUAGUAAUGGGGAGUACUAUCCAAUUGCUAGCAAUAUGCCCUAUAAUAUAUCAGAUCGAACUCUAGCCGACAGCUCCCUGGAAACUAUCGUGUUUAAUUCCUAAUGAGUUCAUCACGAUGGGUUAACUAACUUGCUUUUAUCCUCAUCUGAUAUAUUUCCGACAAACAUAAUAUAAAUUUUCUAUAAUAAUGUAUUAAACUAAGAAAACACUGCAACUGGGUUAAUGAUUUUGUAGAUUUUGGAGCAUGCUUCUAUUUUUUGAUAAAGGUUUAAUUUUCCUUUUAGAUUACUAUUCCAUUUUAUCAUUAAAAAAAAUCUUUUGAAUUUGCAGGAAUCCAAGAUAGGUAGGUGCCUAUUUAUAUUAAAAAAAAAACAGCUUGAAAAAUAGUGGUGGCAUUGUUUAAUAAAAUAGAUUUGAACGGAGUAAGAAUAGGUAUAGAGGAAAUAGAGACCUUAGUAGUUAUUUAGUAUUUUAGUAAAGGCCUAAACGAACUAAGUCCAACGUUAGUCGACCAAAUAGUUGAUGUAUUGAAGAAUGGUCAAAUUAAAGUGCCUAACCAUAACUUUCUAGGAAUAGAACGAGGAAUGUGUAUUUGCUCAUGGUUUACAAAGUUACGAAAGCUCAAGUUCGCAUAAGAUUUAAUAAAACUAAACCUUAAUUACAACGACUAAAGGUUUAUCAAGAUCGGUUUGUGUCACCGUACUUACAGGAUUUCGGACACACAACUCUUACAAGCGAAUAGGUGCGGAUUAGUUCAAAAGCUAUGUAAACGUUUACUUUCAGACAGGCCUUUACUUUAUUGCAAAAAUUCGUAAUUUACAAUUUUUGUUUUUUUUAGGUGUUUCUAUUUUAUAGUUGUAGUAACUCUUAUUAUGUUAAAAAAAACUAACACUGCCAACAAUAAAGCGAAAGAUCUAAUGAGGCCUCACAUCACUGCCUGAUGAAUAGAAUAAAUAAAAAACAGACUGUGGAGUGAAUUGUAGAUAUGAAAAAUAAAAUCGAAUUUAUGGCAGAAUCAAUUAAGACAUGAUAAAUUUAAAAGACUAUAUUAUAUCUGUAACAUAUUUUUAAAUUUUUAUAAAUAUUGAUUUAUUAUUGGUAGUAAUAAUUAGUAGAUAGUCAAAUUUAUAUUUCAUAAAAAAGUAAUAAAUUAUAUAUAUCUAUAUAUAUGUAAAUAAAUUUUUCUUAAGUUUAGACUGAAACUGAGAUUGUAAAUAUAGUAUUUGUGUACUGAGUAGAUACCUUCAUAUUGUAACCACAUUGGUUCAUUAGGUUUAAUUAAUUAAAUAAUGUUAUAUGUAUAUGUGUUCACUGAUAAUAAAAUAAUAUGUAUAUAUAUA